AUAUUUAGCUAUCGUGGAUGCCAACUCUGGCUCUCGAACCAUGAACGACGAGGCAGAACGAGAAAGUAACGGACUCGAGCCUCGACAUUCGAUCUGCCCAAUCCAGCCUUCCUGCCUGAUCCAGCCUUCCUGCCUCGAACAUGUUGGCCGCCGAACCGCUUUGGUUCCUCGCCGGAGUCUGCUUGGCCACCUGCGUGGCCGCAGACGCCGGUGAUGAUAUCGCCAACAACUUGCCUACCGACCUAGCCCCCCUGCUGGCUCUCUUCGGAGAAAGGGUCACCACGCAGUUCAUGAGCCAAUCUACGGGCUGGGCCGACAACAUCAUCCUAGCGAUGGCCCCGUUGGGCGUAAUCACAGCUAUUGUUGGCGCCAUCAGAGUCGGCGGCCCGUCGUGGCUCAAGGCCAUCAUUGGAAGAGCAAGGGAGAGCCGAGCCGUUGCCGAGGCCGAGCUGAUGUCCUCCACCUCGAAUGAGGUGUGUGAGCUCUGGAACGGCGGGGAGGUCGUUAGAGUAAUGGGCGCAGGGCCUAUUCGGGAAUUCAUCAUCCUAUUGCCCGAUGACUGGACGAGUGGCCCAAUUAUUGCCCAGAACGUGCGGGUCAAGGAAUUGAAGGAUCCCGAAAAGGAGUAUCUCGAGGACCGCGGGCCUAACUUCCGAGAGCGCAUCACCGGCCAUCUUCAUGACUGUAAGAACAGUUCCAACACCGCCUCUGGCCGUGAGGAAGGUUCCAACACCUCCCCGGUCAUUCUUCGAAACACCGUUGACCAUGAGCUCAAUCUCACCCCCGCACCCAAUCUCACCCUCAAUGUUCAAAACCAAGUACGCAGGGUAGAGCUCUACGUGGUUGCGUUAAUUGGCAUUGCCCUUCAACUUGGUGUCGUCCUUUAUUCUGGAUUUGCCACCUAUCAUCCGGCCCUCAUGUUGCCCAAGGAUGGAAACCCCGUCGCUGACUACGCCUUUCCCUGCACUGCGGCCGGUACGGUGCUCCUAGUAGCCGGUAUGCUAAUGUGUGCCUACGUUAUCGAGACCAGCACGACGGAACGGACAUACCGUCGAGUGGAUGGGAGGAAGGCUCGAAUUGUCUGGUUGCAGAAAUCCGGAACCGUUAACGAUCAGGCCUUCGAGCCCUUUGCAAUUUUCCCAAGUAAUGCACAGCUUCUGGUUACAACAUCUCGCCGAGCACCAGGACCAAAAAACUUCGCGGCUGUCACUGGUACAAUAGUCAGCAUCUGCGGCUUCAUCGUGCAGUUCGUCGGUUUACGCGGCAUGCACUGGUCUGCCCCGGUCGCCCAAUUUGGCGCAACUGUCGUCAUGACCACUCUCAGAACAUUGGUCCGUCGCCAUCUUGCAAAACCUCUAGAGUUCCGGCCUCUUCUUUCAGGCCAUGAGAUGGAUUGGUUGGCCAUGACUCUCGGCGGAGACAGUGCGAAGGCCCCUUGGCUGAAACCUCUCCAGACGAAAGGGAACACACGUUGCAGACCCCGGCGCGGCGACAAGGAUAACGGCAGGAAGUGGGACAAGUAUGAUAGACCCUGGCUUGACGACAACGGCGACGGCUGGGACUGGAGAAUUGCCGCAGUUGAAGUUCCGGAGGACUGCAAAGAACUAGAACCGCGCUCCGGCACCAGCCGGUCCAGCCCAAAUCCUGACAGACUGAUAGAACAACUGCAGGACCAGGAGGACUCAACGGCCCACAGAGUGAUGUUGAUAAGGAGAGGCCUUGGUGCGCUGGCAGACUGGCAUGGGCCCGCCUCUGCAGAGGCAAUCUCCCUGGCCCAAGCCAUUGAGGUGACCAUGGACGCCCUUUUUGGUCCUAAGCCGUUGAAGGGAACUUUCACCUGGUCAAUCCCGGCCUUCAAGUCUUUAAAGGGGACUGACCUUGAGCCAAUCAACUUUCGCGUGGAAUUACUCGAAAACGGGAAGUGGAAAGCCUACUCGGACGAGAUCGAAGCAGCGCUUUCCUUGUGGCUGUAUUCGGUCUACGAACUGGAGAAUCCAAAAGAUGUCAAGGAAAACAAAGGACAGGAUACCAAGGACGACGCGUGGUUGCGGGCUAAGGGGACACCGGCAAAACAGAGCCUGCGGCUCCUUGGCUCAUACUCGCGGGCCCUGCACCAGCAUCUCCAGUGGUGGAUGCCUAAUGAUGCCGUCAGAGUCAGCGAAGUUGAGGCGAGCAGCAACGGCACCACAAUCAAGGCGGAGAUCCAUCGAAUUGUCGGAUUCGCAUCAAAACCAGCUCUCACACAAUUCUACGAGAUCAGGCCGCCUCCAGGACCCCCUAGCAAAGAUGCUACUGACCACCAAGAUGGUGAUGGAAAGACUGCGAAUGUGAUCUUGGCGGUCGAAUCAUACAAACCCCUAGUGACUUUAUUUGCCCAGCACAUGUUCUCCGUCUUCAUGUGGGCCGCAGCGAAGAAAAUGGCGGGUCCUAUUCCCGGCGAAGCGGACAUACGCUCUGCAGAAACAGACCGGGCGAGUCACGAUCCGGCAUGGCAGUCUUUCAUGCUACACAACAGCCAGCUUUCCAAAAUGGCCCAAGACAUCCACAGCACCGGGCUUGGAAGCCUAGAAGAUGUCUACCUAUGCAUCAUUCCACCACUCAGCGGAGAGGAUAAGCUUGGGCAUUGGAAGGAUGCCGCUGGCGCAUACCUGUGGCUCUUUCUAACGGCAACGAUAUUCCCAGAAAAGAGUGGCAUUUUUACUAAAGCCACUGCAGUCUUGGUUGAACAUUUAGGGGAAGUCAACCGAACCAUCGAAUUAAGAGAAGCUCAACAAUACGAGGAAAGAGAUAUCGAGGACCUAAGGGGUGUGAAGUCGAAACUUGAAGGUUAUAUGAGGAACAGGAUCGUCCGUGGAACAGCAACCCUGUGCAAGCAACCAAGCUUGCUAGGGAUGAUGACAGAAGUUCCCCUAACACACGCAACUCCACGGAGCUGCAUCGGCUUGCUAGAUCCGAUAAAGUGAAAGACCUCAAGAAACGCUUGGAAGAGGGAGCAAACGUGAAUGCAAGGGAUAUCCAUGAUCGUACGCCGCUCCAUUGCGCCGCACGGGAAAGACAGGAACGUGCCGCCAAAGUACUGGUGGAGCAUGAUGCGAAUGUCAAUGCCCGGGACCUUCUCGAAUGUACACCACUACAUUACGCCGCAGCCACACAGAAUCAAUGGGUGAGUGCGGUCAAAGCACUAGUGGAAGGUAGCGCAGAUGUCAAUGCCC